GCUCUGCAUAUGAAAGCCAUUAAUUCAACCUUCAUAACUCUCUCCAUGCCGGCCCCCCUAUUCCCUGCUUUCCCAUGGCCCAAAUCCCACCUAAACCAAAACCCAGGACCAGAACCACUAAUUGCUUUCUGGGUUGCUUCGGAUUUUCCCGGAAAGUUCCCUACAAUAUGAGGGCGAAAGACCCUCCACCCGACCGCCGGGGAAAGAUCCGGUGGUUUGCUUGGCCGCGGUUCCGGAUAAAGAAGUACGUCGACACAAAGACUGUCCCCGUCGAUUCUUCCACGGUGCCGGAGAAGCCCCGCCUGAGCUCCAAACACCAGGCUCCGGCCACUGCCAAGAUUCCGGCGGCUGUUCCCGAUCAAGCUCUGAAUAACGGCGGGGCCCUCGAGGCGACGUCGGAGACAGGCGGGGAGAUCAUCCCCGGUGUUGGCGAAAGAUCGAAUGACGUGGGAUCAGUAGACAGUAACACGUGCCGAAAACGGCUAUUCAUCGGCCGGAAAAGCCUCGAUAAAAAGACCAGCGGCAGCCAUCCCAACUCGCCGGAGAACCGGCCCAAGGCAACCCGGUCCACCAGCACGCUAUCUCACGCGCUCUCCUUCCCGCCCCCAAAGCGCAAGAAGAGGGCGCCUGAACCGCCGCGGGAGAGCGAGAAACGGGCCGGAAAAUUGUCGCCGGCGGUCGGAAUGUCAAUGAUAACAGUGACCCUGAUCAUAAUAUUGCUCUGGGGCAGGCUCUGUGCCAUCAUCUGCACUUCUGCCUUCUUUUACUUCAUUCCCCGGUUAAGAACCAAUCCAAAUUCUGAUACCCCAAACAAGAACAAAUCAAAUCAGAUAAUCGAGGAUCUGAUUUACGAGGAGCACAAGAAGAAGGUGGUGUUUGAAGGCUUCUUGGAGAGAGAUCACCGGAGUAAGUUGAGAAACCUAUAGCCUAUAUAUGAUUUUCUUUUCUUUACUUUCCUUUCCUUUCCUCCAUUUUCUCGGAAAACGGUGGUGUAGUGUAAAUUGAAUGUAUAGGGUUGGUCAGCAGCUGCUUGAACAUUGGGGUGAAAGCCUGUAAUUUUGGAGAAAUUCCACCUUUUCGAACUACAUUGGUAUCUUAUAUACAAAUGAAUAAUUAUACGAAAGCUUUUUCUUGA